AUGCGACCAAGUUUCAACGUAGGAUCGGACCAUCGAAUUGUCCGAGCAAAGAUUCGUCUAAACCGAAAAGUCAUGAAACGGAACCUCCACCAACCACCACGUCCGAAGAGACCCACCUACGAUGCCACCACACUGGAAAGAAACAUCUAUGACUACCCAUGGAGAAGCCACGAAGACCCCACAGAAGACUACAAACUCCUUUGCGAAGGUCUCCUCAAGUGCGCCGAACCUGCGACCAGGCCAUCCUCAACACUACCACCUCGACUUGAUCAAAGAGCAAAAGACCUGCUGAAAAAACGUGGAGAAAUCAAACGCGAUCCGUCAUCCACACACCUGGACCAGCUCCUUAUCGACAAAGCGUGCAGGAUGGCGGUAGAAGAAUCGCUCCGCAACCGACGCAAACAAGCUCUACUUCAAGCAGCCGAGAAGCGCCAGAGUAUCAGGAAGAAGAAGUUCGAACUCACGAACCUACACUCAGUGAUGACAGGGCUAAAAGACGCAAACGGUCAAUUGAAGACAUCGCGCAGAGACAUGGAGAACAUAACGGUCGACUUCUACACGGAACUCUUCAAAAGCAACACCACAGUUGCAAGAACACUGUCUCCGACGCCCGAAGACGAACCUGCGAUCCUCGCCGAAGAAGUUGUAUACGCCAUCCGGAAGCUGAAGAUCGGUACAUCUGCUGGACCCGACAACAUCACGACGGAACUGCUGAAGUCAGGAGGAGACGCCCUGAACAAUCUUCUCGCCAAGCACUUCUCCACAUACUUGAAGGAAGCUUCAAUCCCGGUACAAUGGAAGAUAUCGAAAACCAUCCUAAUCCCGAAGAAAGGCGACGUCUCCGACCUGAACAAUUUCCGACCGAUUUCCCUUUUAUCUGUCGUAUACAAGUUGUUUACGAAGGUCAUACUAAACCGACUGGAGAAAAAGCUCGACGACUUCCAACCGGCCUCGCAAGCCCGAUUCCGCCGGAACUUCUGUUGCAUGGACCACAUCCACACCUUGACGCAAGUGGUGGAAAGACACCGGGAAUACAAACUCCCCCUUGCAAUAGCCUUCGUCGACUACAAGAAGGCGUUCGACAGCGUCGAGGUUAAUGCAAUCCGCAACUCACUCGUCUCCGCAGGAAUCGCCACCAAGUACGUCGACCUCAUCUCUGACUGCAACGAGGGCACGUCAACAACCAUUCGACAAGAAGCUCACAAUUCCCAUUGGAAAAGGAGUACGGCAAGGAGACACCAUCUCUCCGAAACUAUUCUCCACAGCCUUGGAAGACGUGAUGCGUCAACUCGACUAGGACACCGAACUCGACUGGGAAAGCGACAACAAAGUCAGAGGCAUCAACAUCAACGGCAAGGUCCUCACCAACCUUCGCUUCGCUGACGACAUCGUCAUCUUCGCAAACAACACCGCCGACCUGUCGACCAUGCUGAACGACCUGAACGACGUUGGCAAAAAGAUCGGACUGACGAUGAACCAGAAGAAGACGCAAUGGAUGUGCAACAGCUUCUGCGAUAAUGGCCCCGUGACACUCGAAGGCGAUAACUUACAAAAAGUCGACUCCUACGUCUACCUUGGAAGAGAAGUCAACAUGCUUAACGAGCGCUGA